GGCGGGGUCCGGGCUGCGGCGGCGGCCAGCGGGGGUCCUGCGGGCCGUGGGCCCGGGGCUCCCGAGUGCGCCCCGGCAGGCAGGCAGGCAGGCCGGCAGGCAGUCGACGGGGCGCAGGCAGUGGGCCGGCCCUCCCGUCGGGGGCGGGCCGGGCGGGGCGCGCGUCCUUCCCGGUAGCUCUGCGGCUCGCGUGCUCUGCCCGCGUUUCCCCUUUCGUUUGGACCCGCUUCCCCGUCGGUGCAAGGACGGGGCGAGACGAGGCGGAGCUGACCUGGAAACCUCUCCUUGGCCACUGUCCUUUCUAAGGAGCUCAUCUUCCAGAGCCCGCCCGCCCAGAACUGGCAGGGGACCCUCUUAGGAGCAGAGAAAAAUGGCGAUCUUCAGGCAGCUGUCCCUGCGUGCAAAGGCUGCCCUGGCCGCCGGCACUGUCUUCGUGUCCAUGAUUGUGUCCCGCUCCUGUCUGGCGGGGAGCCUUGAGCUCCGGGCCUGGCGUUGGCUGUUCCGCCUGCAGCUCGCCCUGUUUGCCAACUCGCUCAUGCUCAUUGGCUCCCUCUACAUCUGGCGGAGCACAGUCAGCAACCUCAGCCACUGCCCGGGCGCCGAGUCCGCCUGUUUCCAGCUCUGGAAGAUGGCGGUUGUGGCGUUUCUGGCCCUGGCCCAUUCCAGCUUCUUCACCAUGCUCUUUUUAGUGGCCGAGGAGCCCUAUCUCUUCUCCUUGGCAGCCUACUCCUGCCUCGGGGCGUACAUCAUCAUGGUCUUCUUCCUCUGCACCCUCAGUGGCAUGGAGCAGGCCUAUCAGCUCGUGGCCUGGCGCAGCGGCAGGGUCGUGGGCGGCCUCGACAAGACAAGGAAGGUGGCGGUCAGGCCGGCCCUGGCGGUGGCAGUGACCGCUGUGCUCAGUGUGGCUGGGCUUCUGAACGCCGCCCAGCCCCCGGCCGUGAAGACCGUGCAGGUGCCCGUCCGUCAGCUGCCUCCCUCGAUGGACGGCCUCAAGAUCGCGCUCCUCUCCGACAUCCACUUGGGCCCCACCGUGGGCAGGACCAAGAUGGAGAUGUUCGUGAGGAUGGUGAACGCGCUGCAGCCAGACGUCACGGUGAUCGUGGGGGACCUCUGUGACGCGGAAGCCUCCAGCCUGCGGACGGCGGUCGCUCCUCUGGACCAGCUUCGCUCGCGCCUCGGCGCCUACUUCGUCACGGGGAAUCACGAGUACUACACGUCGGACGUCAGCAACUGGUUCGCGCUGCUGGAAUCCCUGAACGUCAGGCCCCUUCACAACGAGAACGUGAGGAUUUCCGCCACGGGGGCCCAACCCGGGGGCGCUGAGGACGACGACUGGAUCUGCUUGGCUGGGGUGGAUGACAUCGAGGCGGACAUCCUGCACUACUACGGCCACGGCAUGGACCUGGUCAAGGCCCUGGAGGGCUGCCGCCCGGACCGCCCCACCGUCUUGCUGGCUCACCAGCCCCUGGCUGCCAAGAGGGCCCUGCAGGCUCGGCCGGAUAUUAGCCUCAUUCUUUCUGGGCACACGCAUGCCGGGCAGAUCUUCCCCUUGAACGUGGCAGCCUAUCUCCUGAACCCCUUCUUCGCCGGCCUCUACCAGGUGGCCCAGACCACGUUUGUGUACGUCAGCCCGGGCACCGCCUACUAUGGGAUCCCCAUGAGACUGGGCACCAGGGCAGAGAUUACCGAGCUCAUCCUGCGGCGGGCUCCUUGAACCUGGCCCUGCCCUGUGCGCCCCUUCAGAGUCCUCGCCCUUCACCCUCCGU